AUGGAUACUGUUUUAUGCUUUAAAGCAAAUAGCGAACGUCGAGAACAAAUUCGACACAGUAAAAUUAUUGAUCAAGAAAUCCUACAAGAAAGAACAGAGUACUACAAAACGAUUAAGAUAUUACUAUUAGGAGCUAGCGAAUGCGGAAAAUCAACAUUUUUAAAACAAAUGAGGAUUUUACACGGCCAAGAUUUUGACGUCCAAGAUUUAUUGGAAUUUCGUUCCAUUAUAUAUGGUAACAUAAUUCGAAUUAUGAAAGUUUUAGUCACAGCGAGACGAAGUUUUGAAAUUCAGUGGAAAGAUUCUUCUCAUCAAAACUAUGCCGAUCAAAUUUUAAACUUUAAUACUAAAGUAAAUGAAAUUGAGCCGCAUGAAUUUGUCGCAGUGGUUGAUAUGAUUCGGGAGUUAUGGUUAGACGAGGCAAUUCAAGAAACUUAUCGACGAAGAAAUGAAUACAUAUUGGCAGAUUCAACGAAAUAUUUCAUGGAUAGGCUAGAAGUUAUUGGCAAGGAGGAUUACGUUCCAAUUCGAAAAGAUGCUUUAAGGAUGAGAAAGGCAACAAAAACAAUUGUUGAAUUUACCACCACAAUUAAUAAAAUCCCAUUUGUCUUUAUUGACGUUGGUGGGCAAAGAUCUCAAAGGCGCAAGUGGUUACAAUGUUUCGAAUCUAUUACUGCCAUUUUAUUCUUAGCAGCAGCUAGCGAUUAUAAUCAAGUUUCACUAGAAGAUAGAAAAACUAAUCGCCUACUGGAAUCAUUAGAAAUAUUCGGUGCCAUAGUCAACCAUGAGCUCUUAGCUAAAGCUUCUAAAAUCUUAUUUUUAAAUAAGAUUGAUUUACUGGAGGAAAGGUUAACCAUAAGCAAUAUCAAAAAUUUCUUUUCUGCAUUCAAUGGGGAUGAAAAUGAUUUAACAACCGUUAAAGAAUUUAUAUUGCAGCUUUUUUCCAACAAGAUGGAAGCCAAUAAUGACAAUGAUAAAUCAUUAUAUCAUCAUUAUACUAUCGCUACGGAUACUGAAAAUAUUAAGGUGGUAUUCCGUGAUGUAAAACAGACCAUUUUACAAGAACGAUUGGGAAGCUUGUUACUACACUAA